AAAAUAUAGAGAUUGCUUCAUCUAUGAAAAGGCAGGUUAUUGAAACUAGCACUGGGUCGCAAAAGUCAUCCAGCCCCACCAAAACUGGUAUGCUAUCUCGGGAAUCUUCGUUCAAGAGCAUGGAUAAGGGAAAAACAAAGCCAGCUAAUCAACUAUUUUAUGCUAAUCUAUCUAAUAACGAUAUUCUGGAAACUGCACGCUCUCCUAGAACUGGUCCACAACUUCAAACACCCAAGGGUACCUUGUUAAAAUCCAAUUCGUUCAGUACCAUAAAUACCAAACCUAAAGUGAAACUUGUAGAUGAAGUUGUUCCACAAAAACAGAAGGGGGCUAAGGAAUAUUCUUCCAUUAAUGCAAAGGAAGGUCCUGCGAGAAUGAUGGGCAAAUCUAUGUCAUUUAAAUCUUUAGGCCGUCCAAAUGGCAGUGAUUCAAAAGUAAAAAUGCUUUCAUCUAAUUUUUCUCAUACUCAUGAAUUAAAAGGGUCCAAGGGAAUGAAAGAGAAGAGUACAUUUGAAAGGAAAAAUUUGGCUAAAUUGGAUCGUUCUCAUGUGUGUUCAUUGACAACACCUAAAGUUGAUCAAAAGUUAACACCUCGUGGUGGUGAUGCUGUUUCUUUGCCAUCUGUGCCUAGCAACCGUGAAUCAAGGGGUUUACACUCUGAUGGGAAAUUAAGUACCUCGACCAAAUUAGCUCGAAACCGUGUGGAAGUUCCACUUCCUUCUGUUGGUGCUACCAAUGGUUCCGAGAAAACGUUCAACCAGAUUAGCCCUAAGGAUGAACCAUCUUUGACUUCUUCUUGGACUGUUGAGAGACCUCCCGGCAAUUUUAAUGGAAACCCAGAUGAUGGGUUACCUCGGCUGCAGGAGUCAACAAAUCAGGCUGAAAAAACUAGGGAUGGGUCUAUCAGUCACUUAAGGCAUCCUAUUAUUUCUGGAUCAAAAGGUUUACCUUGUCAAAAAUGUAAAGAAGUAUGUCAUACUGUAGAUAAUUGUCCAACUGACAAUGUGUGGGGUUCUGGCUCUGAUAUAUCUGCAACAAGAAAUCCUAGAGAGGAGAUGAACAAAGGUAAUAAAGUGAAAGCUGCAAUGAAAGUGGUUCGCAAUAUGCCUGGAUUUGGGAAGAACAGACUUGAUCAGUCAGAUGGUUUUUCUGGACCUGGCAUGGAUGCUCAAGGUCAUUUACCAGUUUCAAAUAAACUGAAAAAUUCGUGUCCUGCUGAAGGAACACACGAAGUACAGGGGAGUUUUAGUUCUGAUUCAUACAAACAAGCUACAAAUAAUGAGAAGCAGCUUGCUGCUCCUUCCAGUGAGACAGGGUUUGCUCCCACAUUAGGGGACUCGGAUAGUAAUGUUCCCUCUGUUGCAAAACAGACUAUAAGGGACUGGUCCAGUAAUUCUUUGGCAGCCAUACCUCUUAUUUUAAAUAUCUCAGCCAUACCAGAGCAUGAAUUUAUCUGGCAGGGACUUUUUGAGGUGCAUAGAGGUGGUAAACCCCCAGAUUUAUAUGGUGGAAUUCAAGCACAUCUAUCAACUUUAGCAUCACCUAGAGUUCCUGAAGCGGUUAACAAAUUUCCUGGAAGAGUUCCCUUGAAUGAGGUACCUCGCUUGAGCACAUGGCCAGCACAGUUUCAUGGAAGUGGUGCGAAAGAAGAUCACAUUGCUCUUUACUUUUUUGCCAAGGAUCUCAAUAGUUACGAAAAGAGCUACAAGGGUCUGGUGGAUAGCAUGAUUAAGAAGGAUUUAGCCCUGAAAGGAAAUAUUGAUGAUGUCGAGCUAUUGAUCUUUGCAUCCAACCAACUUCCUGAGAAUUGCCAACGUUGGAAUACGUUAUUUUUCCUGUGGGGAGUAUUCCGAGGAAGGAGAGAAAGUUUUUCGAGUUCAUUCAAGAAUCCAUGUAUCCGUGGUAUGGAUGUUGGGUCAACGGGAAAAGAUAUCUCCUCUGAUGUUUUGUCUCAGAAUCACUGUUCUUCUAAACAAGGAGUAAAAGAAUCAUCGACAAAAGCCAUGGCAUCCAAAGCUCCUGAGAAAACAGGUCUAACUGCAAAUGGCAGUGGUAAUAAUCAAGUGUCUUCCCUUGAGCAGACUUAUCUUGGUUCAGAAGCACGACCAGAAGUGAAAUUUACCAGCCAUUCUCUGGAAGAACAUGAUUGUUCAACAUUUAGACUGGAAGUAGGGUCUGGACCAUCUGCUCAGACAAAUGGAACGAAUUCUGGUUCAGAUGGAGGUAAAAAGGCGCGAUUUCAUUUUAGUGCUUUAGAAAGAACGUCUAAAAAGGUUCCCCCUGUUGGUAACCAAGAGGUAGCUGUUGUGCAUGUGAAUAUCAAUGAGGAGCAUACGAUAGAGAGAAGGGGUAAUGAUGGAACCAUGGUUAAAUUGGAAAGCAGCUCUGAGGAGGAUGACCGGCAGAUAGAUGCAGAAAAUUCGCUAGUGAGAGAUCUAAACUGUUGGCAGACCAGAGAUCGGAAGCGGCCACAUCUGGAUCUCACAGAACCGCAGACUUCAUCUGGCACAAGUCAUGAAACUUCUUGGAACGAAAUAGGGAAUGCAUUUAUAGAUGGAGAAUCUGUGAGUAAGAAGCUGAAAACAGGUUUCAGUGAAGUAUAUGGAUGUAAUAGCUCUAGAGAUAUAACUUCUUUUAGCGAUGGUUUUGAAUCAGACUUGCGUGAUUUAAGACCGGGUUCUUCAAGUGGACAAAGAUAUAAGAAAGCUUGUGAUGAGAGAGAUAUCCCCACAGACUUCGGGGGUGCUGAAAGGUACUUCUUUCCUGUGUGUUCGCAACAUGUAAAAGGUUUUCAAUUGGGGAACACCUCUAUGCCGUUGAAAGAGCUCUCAUCAGAGGAUGAGGAUCAAAUUAAUGAUGCGGUGCCAAGUCUCGAACUUGCUUUAGGGGCUGAGAGAAAAUUGCCAAACAAAGGAAUCCUGCCUUUCUUUGUUGGAAUGGCAGAACAACCUACUAAUGAGGGCAAGCCUCCAGAUAAGGUUAAGAUUAAGGAAGAGGAGGAGGAAGUCUCUGCUUCCCUUUCCCUUUCCCUUUCUUUCCCGUUUCCGGACACGGAACGGACAAUGAAACCUGUUUCAAAGAAAGAGCAGCUUCUGCCUGAAAGGCAUUCUGUGAAUACUUCGCUGCUCCUCUUUGGCAGCCUACCAGACAAAUAGAUCCAUGCAAUCGUCACAAUAUGUAAUAUUAUUGUGCCUCCUGGAUGCCAAUGUCAGUAAGUGUAACAAGGUCAUGUUAGAUGAUCUUCUGAUGGGCUUUAUAGGAGUAGUGGCCCUCCAUCUGUGCAUAACCCAUACAGGACUUUGCUAAUAAUUCUCUUUUUACCCUUCUCAGUUUUUUUUUUUGUCUUUAUCCUUUUUUUUGGGGUGCAUAGUUACGGCUGUUUGUAUAUAAAGAGAACCAAAAGCCGGCACAGCAGUAGAAAUUUGCAGACAAAUGUGUUGAUCAUUAAGAGUUUUGUCUUACUUCAA